AUGGUGGAUUCCACGGACAAAUCCACGGAAGAAUCGAAAAUAAAAGACAUCCUAAUCGAUAGCGACAUCAUCUCAUGCGUAUGUUCAAAAGUCUCGGGAAAAAAUCUGAUCACAGGCUGGCGGCCCAGCGCGGAAAAGAAGGGAAUGAAGAAGCGCUGUGAGGCGAGCAGGGGAGAUAGCCGUAGCUAUGCGUCGCUAAGGCGAGAGCGAACGACUCUACCACCGACAGACGGGUUUGUCUUUCGCCAUUAUGAACGAACAGAAAGUUACAUUGAACAAUAUCGCGAAAAUCAUAGUAGUGCUGCGGUGGUGAUAGAAUUUGAGGAAAAACCAACGCUUGGAGUGGAUGCGCCCGACCCGUAUCUUCCCAAGAUUACAACCAAAAGUAAGCAUACCGAAAGAAUGAGGCUUUUCGAGACAUUGGCUGAGUACUACAGGAUUGUCACUACGGAAAGCUCCGGGAUGAAGGAUAUUUGCUUGACUGGCAAGCGCUCUGAUCCUCACUCUGAUCGCAGGACUUUUCCAAACAUUCCGCACAGCUCCUCAGACGACAGCUCGCCAUCCAACUCGUCCACUAAAAGUUUACCGAAGAUCGACCAGCAUAGAAACCUUACGCUUCAGGGUGGACUGUCAUGUGAGAUUAGUAACCUAGCAACGGUACGCGAAGUCGAGGAGUCUCACAAAGAUAAACACGAAAGAGAAAAGCGCGCGAAAACCGAAGCUCUUACGAUUGCUAGCACGAGGACUUCGAAGGUCAUCGACAAAGUCACGGAAAUCAUCGGAUGCAAACCCGCGAACAAAUAUGACACCGGGCGAAGAACUGUUGAUAAUACUAAAAGCCGCAGGGAAAAAUUAAGGGAGAGGUCCGAGUCCAAGGAAGACGACAAUCAAUUCUGCGAUAGUUCGAAGGCGAAAGCGGAGUGUGACACUUUACCCAGAGUGAGGUUAUGGACUGAAAACAAACGCGAAAAACGAGAAAACGUUCUAGAGACUUUGCGUAUAGGCGGUAAGAGAUCUGACGGUAAGGAUUCCUCCGAGGAAGAUAGUGGAGAGAAUCAAAAAAAUAACUUGACUACACCGAGCUUUGUCGUGCCGCCAUCGUCACGGGGAAACCUGCGACUUGGGACGACCGUGAAAGCCUCGCCUAAAAGCUCAAGUCAAGUAUCGGUGGGUAUGAAUAGAUGCGAAGUAUAUAGCACAAGGAGCCCACUAGAACUCUUACACAAUGUCACAAAGAAAAGAAAGUCCACUAGCGGUGCAGCGUAUAUCAAAAUUCUCGGACAGGCCACCGGACCUCCGUCCAAGCCGAAAACUGCGACGGAGAAGAAAUCUUGCCCAAGUAUUUCGCGAUCUAAUCACGAUGCGUCGCCGAGAGAUUAUCGAAUGCCUACGCACUAUAUGCGUCGGUUUGGAGGACAAUUCCAUCACGUCCUUGAGGCGCGCUCGUAUAAACCCGAACACAGAGGCAUGGGGGCUACUAUUAUGCCUAAUUAAACAUGACACCAAGAGAGAUAUAUAUCAUAUAUUCAAAUAAACUCAAUAUAUUUGA